AUGGCCAAGUGGCAGAUGCUGCUCUGGGUGCUGCUCUCUCUGCUGCCUGUGGCGGAAGGAGCUCAUGUUAAAGCCGGUGCUGCGGGUGUGGGAUCACCCUCAGGCCACGCUGUGGGCCUACUGGGAGGACAGGAGGGGCGGGAACGUCCUGUGACGCUGCCAGAGGUGGUGAAGGACGAGGAGCAGGAAGACGACAGUGAUCCUUACUCUACUUGGCAUGCUCUAUAUGAUCCCUUUGUAAUGGAAGAGGUGGAUGACCAUCCCAGUAGACCCUGGGCGGGGCGCUCUCCACGCUCCUCUGACCCCAUAGAACCUCAACCCAAGGGAUCAUCGAAGAAAAGGAAGAAGAGGAAGAGGAAAGAAAAGGAGGAAGGAACAGUAAUAAGACAUAACAAAGGUAAAAACAGACAGCCAAAUCAAAGCAGCAGGGACUGCCGCGUGGAGAAGAGAGAGAUGAGGGUUCGAGACCUGGGCCUAGGAUUUGACUCAGAUGAGAUUGUCCUCUUUAAGUUCUGCGUGGGCUCAUGCCAGUCUUCACGAACAAAUUACGACCUGGCACUGAAGACACUGCUGGAAAAUGGCUCACUGCCUAAGCGCAAGGUCAGCAGCCACCCCUGCUGCCGGCCCGACCGCUAUGAGUCGGUUUCCUUCAUGGACGCCCAGACCACGUGGCGAACCAUCCAGUCGUUAUCUGCUGCCAGCUGCAUGUGUAUGGGCUGAAGAAAUGAACAAGGGGAGAGGGUGACAGCAGUGUCACCCAUCCUGGAAAGAUACGUCAAGAACCUCACGGUGGAAAGCCCGGAUAUAGGAAAACCGGCAGAGGGGGCGCUGCCACUCACCGAGAGCGAAGGAAGGGAUGGAGGCCACUUUUGGCUUUCUGUCAUGUAUUUCCAGUUGAGGAAGAAGAGAUCUGGGUGCAGCUGGAUGAUUUGAGGGCGAAGGUUAAAAUUGGAGACUGAGUGGGAGGUCAUUGAGGAAUCAGUCUGGAUUUAUUGUUCGCGCAUCAAAGGAGAAAUUGUUUUCACAGGAAUAACUGAUAACUUAUGCAGGAUAUAACAGACUAGCUAUUACUCAUAAAGGCAACUCUUUAUGUGAACACAGAUUGUUUUGAUUUUAUAUGGCUGAGACCUGAAGGCUGAAGCUCAAGAUACAUAAAGAACCAACAGAGUUAAAGGACUGACACUGUGUUUAUAUUCACAUUCAGACUGUAAAAAAACGAUACUCAUAGUGAAGCUCUUAAACACUCAGUAUAUUUUUUAUUUCACAUGCAAACGGGGACAUUGUAUCGUUUCUAUGUUCAGGUGAACUCAGCCAAAUAGAUGCCAUGCAUCUUCAUGUAUUACUGUAUAAAAGUAAAAUAUAUUUAUUUCUGAUAAACUAUUUAUUUAUUAUUGCUUUAUAUGAGAGCUGUUUUUAUAAACUUUAUAUUGAAGAUAAAUAUCUAUUUAUUGCCAAGAUUCAGACUUAAUGUUGACACUUACUUUGACUUGUAUCCAGUGCGUACAUUUCUCUCCUAAAGGUGCUGAUUUUCACAUUUAUUAAAAACCUCAUGAACCUGGGCUGAACAGCUGAUUCUGGGCAGACACAAUGAAGAUUUCUUAAAUUAGUUCAGGGAUUUAAAAAAUAAAAACACCAUUCAAAGACAUACUUUUAACAAAUACUUAUAGUGGAUAUCAGAAACAAACUGACUACAAAUAGUAGUGUGGUGCACUACUAUUUUAUUUUUCCCAAACGCACCUCACUGAGUCUGACAGGUGAUCUUGAGUUCUGUAGCAGAUUCUGAGUAAUAUUAUUGGCUUUUCCUUGGCGUAAUUGAAACGAUGUCAGUUUUACUUGUCUAGUUUGUAUAUACAGCAAACAACUGAAAUAUUUGUAGUACAGGACCUCAACAUUUCUCAUUUUAA